GGAUACCGUAAGUCUGGAACUGAGAGGCUAUAUCAGACCGGAGACUAGUAAGCAUGGAGACUGGUCACUGGGUACCAUAGGCAGGCAUUGCUUCACGGUAAAGACCACACUAGCUGAUUGCAACAGGUUCCACUUUCCCAGCAAGUUAAGGUCAGGGCUGUGGGCAUCACACGCAAAUUCAAAUUCGCACCAACCAGCUUCUGGCCGUAGCGGGCCACGUGCACGAGCUUUAAGGUCCUGCGCAGCGGAAACGCGUGGGCGGCACGUGGCGGCAUCCGGCGCGCCCUGGAACCAGCGGCUAUGGACGUGGGCGCCGAUGAAUUUGAACAGAGCCUCCCACUCCUGCAGGAGCUUGUCGCGGGUGCGGACUUCGUGGGUCUCGACAUAGAGUUCACAGGUCUGCGUUCAAACUUGUCCCGGCCCCAGCAGAUCAGUCUUUUUGAUUUGCCGUCUGAGUGGUAUGUGAAGACCCGUCAGAGUGUUCAGCAAUUUACAAUCUGUCAGAUUGGGCUCUCUGUGUUCUCCAGCAUUGAAGGAGAGUCAAACAAGUAUGUAGCCCACUCCUGUAACUUCUUUCUCUUUCCUACAACGUUUGGGAUCUUGGACUCAGAGUUCUCUUUCCAGGCGUCUAGUGUUCAGUUUUUGAAUCAGUAUGGCUUCGACUAUAACAAGUUCCUCAAAAAUGGAAUCCCAUAUAUGAAUGAAGAACAGGAGAAGAAAAUUAAGCACAGUAUCCUGAGAGGGAACUGGAGAGUCCGAAGCUCUCUGGAUAAAGACCAAAUUAAGGUGGUGAUUGACAAGGUGACUCGGUGGCUGGACCUGGCUGAGGAAGGUGACCAGAUGACUCUGUCUGGCAUUUCUGGGUUCCAAGCCUUUGAGGUCCAACUGGUGCUGAGGCAGGCCCUCCCCAACAUCUGGACAGUGCUGAAAGACGAGGGGGUGGUUGUGAAGAAGGUCAGCCAGCCUCAUCGUUGGUACCUUGAGCAUGCCUCUUGCGACCAAGUCAGCUGCUGGAAGGAGCAGAUCCUUCUCUCUGCAAGGGGCUUCUCUGUGUUUUUCCAGAUGUUGGUGAAGGCCCAGAAGCCCUUGGUCGGACAUAACAUGAUGAUGGACCUACUGCAUCUCCAUGAGAAGUUCUUCCGACCUCUUCCAGAAAGCUACGAUCAGUUUAAGCAGAACAUCCACAGCCUGUUUCCUGUCCUCAUUGACACCAAGAAUGUGACAAAGGACAUCUGGAAGGAACUGCGUUUCCCACGAGUCUCCAACCUCUCAGAAGUGUAUGACGUGCUGAGCAGUAACUUGAAUCCCACUCAGAAUUCUGGACCAGUGAUUAUUCAUGCGAGACAGUGUAAAAAAUACGCCGAGACCAAGUGCCCCCACGAAGCAGCGUAUGACGCCUUCCUCUGCGGGUCAGUUCUUUUGAAGGUGGCGCACUUGCUCCUGCAGAGGGUGCAUGGCAGUGAUCCUGCCCAGGAUCCCACCUUCCCUCAGUACCUCGAUGUGCUGGCGCCUUACGUGAACCAAGUGAAUCUUAUCCGAGCUGGGGUUCCUAAAAUUAAUUUUUCUGGCCCUGAUUACCCCAGUAUCCGCCCUCCUGUGCUGAUCCUCACCGUCAGGAGGUGGCCUGGGGUCAGCGAGCAGCAGGUCUACCGUGAAUUCCAGAACCUCUGCAAGUUCGAUGUCAGGCGCUUCACCCGAAGCCAGUUCCUGCUCCUGACCAAUAAGUUUAAGGAUGCCCGGAGUGUCUUGAAGGAGUACAGGAGCCAUCCAACCCUGCAGGUCUCCCUGUACCGCUACUGGAGACAUUCCCCCAACAUCACCUGCCUCUUACAAGUCUGCAGCAUCGUCACCACCUGGGCCAUGGUUGCCUUCGUCCUGGGAAGAUGGAGCCCCAGAGUGCAGUGAGCCGCCUCAGCUUCUGUCCUAGCUCCCCGAGAUGGCCCUCACGGCUCGUCUGUCUGAACCAGUUUGUUUUCAGGCAGAGCCAUGUGGUCCUUUGUAGAUACUUUGUUUUGUCCUGAAUGUGAGAUUCUGUAAAUAUGAUGUUUUCAGGCAGACCUGUGUGGUCCUUUGUAGAUAUUCUGUUCUGAAUAUGAAAUUCCGUAAAUAUGACUGAUGAUAAAACAAAAACAAACAAACAAAA